AUGGCGCCAACCAGCCGCGCUAGGCGCCGAGCGCUGGUCCACCAGGCGCGUGAAGCUCCGCCUCAGGCCCCCUCGGUCCACCGAAUCAAGCGGGGAAGAGUGCGCAUUGCUCUUGUCAUUGUUUACCAGCCGCUUGCAAGCUUGAGUUAUUCAAUCAUGUCAUCUGCAACAAAAGCGUCUAGGAUUGGGGAAGAGCUGUGGAAGACGAGAGUUGACAAAGUGAACGCCGAGUUGGUAACAUUAACGUACGGUACAAUUGUUGCGCAACUUUGCCAGGACUACGAUGGAAACUACCAAGAAGUGAACAAGCAACUGGAGAAGAUGGGCUACAAUAUUGGAAUGCGACUUAUCGAGGACUUUUUGGCCAAGUCGGGCGUGGGCCGUUGUGCUAAUUUCCGGGAAACAGCGGAUAUGAUCGCAAAGGUUGGGUUCAGGAUCUUCCUCAACAUCGCGCCCACGGUCACCAACUGGACGAGUGACAACAACCAAUUCUCUCUCAUAUUUGAAGAGAACCCGUUGGCGGAUUUCGUUGAGCUGCCCGAUGACGGACGGGCUCAAGAUGAGCUGUGGUUUUCCAAUAUUCUCUGUGGAGUUCUGCGGGGUGCAUUGGAGAUGGUGCAAAUGCAGAUCGAGGCGCAUUUUGUGAGCGACGUUUUGCGGGGCGAUGAUACAACGGAAAUGCGGGUAUCACUUGUAAGGUACAUUGAGGAUGAGAUGCCACCCGAUGAGGAGUGA